AUGUACAGUAGACUUUCGGCGGCAAUCCUUCAGCAAACAGCAGAAUACAUCUACACCCUGGAGCAGGAGAAAACCCGACUGCUGUCGCAAAAUUGCCAACUCAAGCGGUUACUUGACCAGCAGGACCACAACGGAGCGGUGGCAGCGGCCGAGCUCCAGCAAGCCACCCCACAGACUGUUCCCGGUGUUACCGUACUGACCGCCACAGGUCCGGUAACGACAGCGGCCGUCAUGGUCAACAACAGCUCAACCGGAGCGGCGGCUCCAACGGCCGCAGCCGCCCAAGUGGCCACCAUCGCCAAGAAGCGCAAAAUUGACGCCAUCAUCCAGCCGGUGUCGGACUCGUCGGACGAAGGACUCGGAUCUAUGUCACCGGAACCGGUCAGCCUCAUGCAGGUCGUGAAUAGCGCGGCCGGAACAACGACACUGGUCACAGCGGUCAACGGGCGCCCCGUUCCUCCGUUCAACGUAUCGGCGAAGGACUACUUGGAUUUGAAACACCAGCUGGAGAUCGAGCGACGGAAGAAGGCGGUCUUCGAGGAGAGAUUAAAGGCGUUAGAACGACAGAUCUACCCGGCUCGGGUACUUUAUCAAGAUCAUCCGGAAUUGGUUGAGACGAGCGAACCUGUGGAAGAAGUAAUCGUCCCAGCGAUAUCCAAAAUAGUCCCGGCCAAAAUGGCCCGAGAACCGGACAGUGUUCAACUGAUCGCUUUGGACGCCGGAGGUAAGAAGCAGCUGGUCGUCUGCGGACCGGAAAUUAUCGAAGAGACUGUCAUAACGCAGCCCAUUGCCAAGCCAGCGAUUGUCCCGAUUAAGGAAGAGAAAGUGUUCAUCAAACGAUCCCGAUCGCGAUCGCCCACGAUCGAAACGGUUGUCACAUUGCCACCCAAGAAAAACCGCUAUGCAACGAUCCUGGAGAAGGCCAUCAAGGCGGAACCCAAAGUGGAAGUCGAGCGUAUCGAUUCUCCCUCGUCGAUCGUCGUCAGUGACGAUCACCUAUCGCACUUGACCAGCAGUAAGUUGGUUACAUCCCAGCAGCAGCAAGCCGCCUCCAGGAUCAACACCUGCCGCCAUAAUCUGGAGACGAUAGUGGAGGCGAUAAGGCACCUGGAAGGCGAUGCCUUCGACAACGUAGCUCCUCAACAGCAGCAGCAGGCUGCGGCGGCGGUUCAGGAAGUACCUCUUGCGUUGAUCACGUCCAGCAAACAGAAGGAACGCGAACUCCGCCAAAGUCAGCUGGAACCGUACCUGACGUUCCGGACACCACCCUCCACAGGUACCUGCUCAACAGUCUCCUCCGCUACCUCCUCCUCCACCACCAGCAUCCCUUCCAGUAACACCUCCAGCAAUCCCAGCGGCAACCCCGCGAUCGUCUCAGUCUCCAUCACUCCCACCGUUGCGCUGGCCGCCGGCGGUUGCAGUCCCUCCCCUUCAGUCCCCUCCUCCUCCGCACCCUCCGUCCCGCAACACAGCACCGCGUCGCAGAUCCUCCAGCAGCACCAACAGUGUCGACCGGGCGUGAUCGUCGUUAAGCAGACCUCAUGAUCAGCUGGCAUCACUGCUCCUCCUUCCUCAUUCCUAACUGGCAUCCCGGCUGCGACCGCAGCCGCUGCACCAUCAGCAUCAUCUUCCUCGGCGUCGCUACCAUCGGCCGGCUCCGGAUCGAUCGGCACGAUCGUGAUCAACAGUGGCUGCGGUGGUGGCACCGUCGCCGCCAAACAGAUGAAGAUCGUCGGCUGCUGCAAGAACGUUGGCAGCGGGACGGCCAACGUGAUCAUCAAGUACCGGCAGCCUGCUCCUCCUCCUCCACACAAUCAACCGUUGGUGGACGAUUCGGGCGAAUAGCGGCCAGGCACCAACGAUCGACGUCGACCGAGGAAUCUUUUUUGUUAAUUAUUUUUAUACACAUAACGCGGUAUAUAUUACUUUUUCGCUUCCACAAACUGACCUGAAACCCCCGGCCCCCGCCCAUCCCGACGGUAUUCCCGACGCGUACACAUAUACAUACAUGAGAGUAAGUUGUGAUUUUCAUAGCAAUUUUAUUUUUCAUAUUUUUGACGGUAGUUUCGUAGAACGUUUCUUUAAGUUUAAAUAUUUCUAUAUUGGUAACGCAUUUUUUUCCUUUUUUUUUAAUCAAGCGAAAGUUGUAGCGAAGUUUGAAGCGGAAAAUUGAUAUAACUUUUUAAGUAUCAAACUAACCAACACAAACACACAUACUUUAUACAUAUAAAUGAUACAUUAUACUUGAUAGGAAGGUUAGGCAAGUAAAAGUAACGUUUGACGGUAUAUAUAGAGCAAGUAAGAAAAAAAGGAGAGAAAGAGACGAAGAGAGAGAUUUAUUUCUUUAA